AUGUGCUUCUUGGAAUGUUUCAGACAACUAUUCGGUGGCGGUGGCCAUCCAUCGCCGUCUAUGGACGAUGCGGAAGGUGGCCAUGCAGAUACGACUGGGGGUAGACACCCUUUGCAACGACUUCCAGGGUCGACGCAUGCUCUCCAAGAACGGAUAUACUCGACACCUCCGCAGCCGCAAAAUGAUGCGAACGAGCGCCCAAUGUUAGAUAGUUACACAGCAGCGGCCGCCACUCGGUCGAGGAGGAACCUUCUUGAAACGACUCCCUCUCAGGCAACUCCCUCGCAGACAACUGAUAUCGCACCGUCGCCUGCAGCCCGUUCUCUACCACCGACGCCCACACAACAACCUGACCCGUCACUGCCGGACCCAGCGGCCACAUUCGAUGACGCGUCGAACACUGCAUCCGGGAUGGGAUCGGACAGCCUCGCUACUGCAAUAGAGAACGCUGCGCGCGCGAGCCUGGAAGGGUUCAAGGACCUACUCGUGGUCCUUGGAGGUCCCGCUAACGUCUUCCCCCCGCUGAAGCUAGUAAUAGAGGGAUUUAUCCAACUCAUUGAGGUUCACAAAAGGAUGAAGUCUAAUAAAGCGGGCAUAAACGCAGUGACCGAACGGCUCGAUCGGCUGUGUGGCAUCCUUGCGAGACGUCUUCACGGAGAUUCCCAAAGGGUAUCAUCGUUCGAAACGAAGCCCUACGUCGCGACGCUCUGUGCGGAGCUCGAGUCUCUGCAUGAAAGAUCACAACAUGGGUGGAUACGGCGAGCUGUGGAUAACGCGGAAGACGCUCAGGCCCUGAAGAAGGCUUGCAGUACCAUCUACAACGCGCUCGAUGAGCUACAGCUCGAGAUUGGGUUAGCGCUCGAGAGAGACGUACAGGCAAUAUGGAAGGAGGUUAUCUUGCAGAACCUGCGCCGGUCGGAGAGCUCCGGGUACGCUGCCGCUCUCCCUCCCGACGCUUCACAAGGACGAGGAAGGGCUGACCGACGUCAAGACGCGUCUCCAGUCUUCUGGCUUUCCGGCCUCGCUGGUCAAGGCAAGACUGCUAUCGCCUAUACCAUAUGCGAGCGCCUGAGCCGUGCGGCACCGACCGUCCCCGUGAUCUCUUACUUUUGCUCUCGUCAACUCGAUAGUCAGAAGGAGAAGCUGCUCGUAUCGACAAUCGCUUUCGAACUCGCGCAGUCGUUCGCGUCAUACGCGUCUGCGCUGGCGGGAGUGCUACGGGACGAGCACAGCCUGAGCGAUCAAAAGCUCAAAGAGCAGAUGUCUAAGCUUCUCGUUGGCUCGUGGUCAAGCAGCGCACCCCUCCGGAGUGAUCUCCCUCCUGUCAUCAUCGUCAUUGACGCAUUGGACGAGAACGAGGCGGGAGCGGAGUUCCUGAAGCGCACUUUGGAUGCCCUCCGCCGAGGACCGUUGCCCGGUCUUCGCUUCCUCUUCACUAGCCGGCCGGCGCCUGACAUCGAGCAUGCAUGUAGGGCCAUCGACAAAGGGUGCAUACGCCGCUUGAACGACGUACCGAGCGAAGAAGUAUCACGCGAUAUCUUACAGUACCUGUCCCACGAGCUUCCCGAACAUCGCGGCCAACCUUACCUGGACGACGUCGUGCGGGACAGCAAGGGCCUUUUCAUCUAUGCGUCUACGAUACUCGGUCUGGUCAAGACCCCACGACUACGCAGAACAGACGCCGAACAGUGCGCUCGGCUGAAGAAGCUUACGAAUCGCACCGCUGCCCCAACGCGCUCGACCAGCGGCAAUCGGACGAUCCUCGAUGACCUCUACGCGACUGUUGUCGGAGAUGCAUUCGGUAGUUUGGACGAGGACGAGAUGAUCCUCAGACGCCGCGUUCUACUGGUCGUGCUGUGCAUGCGAGAGCGCAUUACCCUGCCCUUCGUAAGCUUUAUCGCGAACGUCGAGCAGGAGCUGGCACAGCUUGUCAUCGAGGCGCUUUACCCUGUCCUGUACAUCGACCAAGACGGCUACGUGCGCUGGUACCACGACUCUUUCCAAGACUACGGCCUGAGCGAGUACGCGGAGUUUGUCCGACCCACGCUAUGGCAUAUACUACGUCGUUGCCGGGACAAGAUACAUGACUCCAGCAGGCCGGGUAGAGCGAUGGACGACGGCCUACGUCUGCUUGAGCCUCUUGGUCCGCUGGAUAAUGACGAAGCCGAAUUUCCGCCGUCUCCCGUUGCCGAGGAGCUGGCGAUCAUCGCGCAGAGCUUGUAUAUGCAGUCGGCCGAGGAAGAGGCUAGUUCUACCGGUCACAGGGGAGCAGCGCGUUGA